AUCUAAUUGACAUUUUUAAAUUGAGUUGUCAUAAAGUGGGCACUUCAAAAAAAACAGUAAUGCAGGUGGAUUUUCUCUUCCAGGCGCAGGAUGAUGACGUAGCUCAACCAGAAGUUGCUGCACAGGGAGCAGAUUUGACACUGUUGUGCAGAUCCAUGUGGCAUGUUAACAGCCUUUUAAAUAAAUAGGAUCGUUUAACUCUCAUGAUGUCUUGGGUUAAAGCUGCUUCUUACAGCGAAGAUGUUUUUGAUGAGAAUGCAGACGACCUCAAUUUACUCAGCAGAGAGUGGGCAUCCAACAUGAAGAAGAGAGUCAAGGACGGUUAUGUGGAAGGAGUUGAGGCCGGGGAGGAGGCCUCUCUUCAGGCCGGUUUUGACCUCGGGUUCAGGGAAGGAGCAGCUCGGACUGUAGCUGUGGGCCGGCUCAAAGGAAUUGUGAGUGCUAUAUGCUGCUGGUGCCAGAUCCAACAUCCGGAAAACCCCCUCCCAGCCUCUGUGACCGACCUCCUGCAGCGUGUAUCGCAGCAUGAAGACUCAAUCAUGGAGGGCAUCAGGAUGGCUUUGGAGAAUCCUCCUCCCAGUGUGACCUCCGUCUCUGAGAGCAUGGAGGAUCUGGAGGUGGAGCAGGCGGAGGCAGGGGGCUGUGGAGGAGAGGGGUGUAAAGAAAUAGACUGCUGCAAGAAGGGAGAAAAAAUGGACCUGGACGUUUCUCACCAGCAGCAAAAGCCUCGUUGUGGGUCCACUGACUGCUCCAGCAGCUCAAGGGAAAACAUGAACCUCCUCGUGAAGCGCUGCUUGGAUCUGGUGUCAGAGCUGGAACUGCCACAGGAGCUGAUCAGUCACAUAGAGGAGCUGAAGGACGUGCAGUGAUUGAAGAUCAAGUUACAGCAGACAAUGCUUGAAUGAGCACAUACACAAUGAAGAAGUUUUAUUGUGAACUCUUUACGCGCAGCAAUGAAGUGCUUUUUAUGUAUAUAAUGUUAAAAAAAGAAUUUGGCAUUCAUAAUUUGUAUAACAGGGAAGAAGAAUGUUUGAAAAUAAAA